AUGAAGACAGCAAAAGCCGUUCCCUCCGACCUCUCCUCGAGCCGCCGGGCGCAACCCGUGCGGCAGACACGAGUCAAUCCUCCACGAUCCUCAAUCCCAUCUUCGAGAGCUUUUGGGCCGCGAGGUCCCCUCAACAGUGGAUUGGAGGAAAGGGAAAUCGAAAUCUUCCCAGCGAUAACACAUUUUGCCGAUGCCAUAACCGCCCUUCCCAAGGAGCUUAUGCGACACUUCACACUGCUCAAGGAAGUCGAUGCGAAGAUUUUUGGACCCGAAGAGGACCUGGGAACGCUGGUUAACGCUGCGCUGAACACUCCUCUGCCAGAAAGGAGACCUCAGGUCGACACACAACCCCAUGGACCAGCAUCGACAACUAUGAGUGCCCAGGGUAGCACCAAUGGCUCGAUAGUCAAUGGCCAUCCUGCAUCCGUGGCAUUGGUCCCGGAUGCUGAUGUGUCGAACUUUGCGACGAUGGCGUACGAGCCCGCCAACAUCCCCCGUCGACAAAUCUUCCAGCACUGUGCAUAUACGAUGCAAAACAUGCUGGUUUCCCUCGAAGAGAAAAACCACGUUUUAUCUUCGGCGACAGAAGCGCUGAACAAGCAACUGGCUCGAAUCGACGAUUGCUUCCCUUACAUCGAACUCGAAAUCAGUGAGGAGGCGCGAAAUGGUAGUACUACACAUUGGGCAUAUCCAGAGAAUCGAUUAGGGAGAUCUUCCGCGGCCAAUUCAUCACGACGAGAUGUUGCGCCGGUCAAUACCUUGUCUGCGGCAGCCCAAGCGCUAGCAGAUGAAGCGGCUCAGAGAAGUGAGGCAAGGAAACAGGCCCUGCUAGACAAGAAGAAGAAUCACAACAAGCCCCAAGCCGAAUCUGACUUUGAUGAUCACCACGAGAGUAGACCCAAAGAGAAAAAAGUUCACGGGAACAGCAAGGUUCGAAAAGCAGCAGAGACGCCAUCAACUGUUGGGCUAGGUAUCACAAAUGGUACAACAACAAAUGGACAUGCGCCAAAACGCCGGAAAGUUGAGAAGGGCCCUGCUGGAGGUGUGGUGAUGGAGAGAGCCUUGAGUGGAGUUUUAGGCACAAAUGGUACAACGACCAAGGGCAAGGUUGCUAGCCCAAGAGAAACUCCAGGACCAGAUGGCCCAAAAAAGAAGCCGAGAGGAACGGCUGCGGCAAAUGGGCAGCCCAGAAAAAGGUAAGUUUGGGAAAUUCGGCUCUGGAUCAUCUCCCUAAUAGAUCUUAGAAACAAUACGGUAACAACAGCAAUGUCACCGUCCCUCGCGUCCUCUCCCGUCCGAAGUGCCUUCCCAGACCCGAAAACUACAGGAAGAGCAACUCCACCGCCGACCAACGGUGCCCGGCCGGCAACAUCGCGAGUAAGACAGAAUUCUAUACACUCUUUGGCGGAAACUGCUCGAACAAGGCAGGAGUCGGUGCCAUUAAACAAGCCAAACGGAAACUCGACGAUUGUUCCAGAGGUUGCCGUUACGUCGACUACCAACGGCCGAAUUAUACCUGAGGUAAAACCUGUCACCAAAGAAGUUCAUUCCAAACCAGAACCUGUGGUUGAAGAGGUUGAAAAGAAUGGAGCUGUGGAGCCAGAGAGGAUCAUUCCCGGUACUCGCAGAGAUAGUGUACCUGAGCGGGAGGAACCAGAAGUGAAUGGAGGAGCUGUUCAGUCUUUACUGAUAGCAACAGUGGUUACGACAAAAAGUGGUCGAGCCAGCAAGCCGUCGACUCCAGCAAUGCCAUCAUUCCCUGACCCUCCACGAUCACGGUCUUCCCGUACUGCUCUAGACGCUACAUCAAAUAAGAGAAGCCAUAAGAAAGGAGCCGGUGCAGCAGCGCAACUUAUUGCGCAACAAAAUAUGGAAAUGGACGAUACCUACGGUGUUAUACGAGAUGAAGAGGAAGAAGAAGAGGAAAUUGGGGCGGAUGAGCCUACUUAUUGUUAUUGUAAUGGAGUGAGUUAUGGUGAAAUGGUAGCAUGCGACGCGAAUGCAUGCGCCAAAGAGUGGUUCCAUCUCGAGUGUGCUGGGUUAAAGGUUGCACCCAAAGGUAAUGGUAAGCUUGCUUCAGGAACUUUCCAUGACCAUUGCUAAUUUUGAUAACAGCGAAAUGGUAUUGCAAUGAAUGCAAGGAGAGAAUGAAACCAAAACGUUUUAACAGCCGAUAACGAACAUAGAAUUGACCAUCCGUAGUGUAUUUUGGAAGUAACGGUAUACCUAUAUGGGUUGUUGGCGUCAGGUGUCCUAUCAUUCAUUUGGGGGGAGUCAAAUAGGCCGCUAGUAUAAAAGGAUCAAGUGAUUGGUAUGGUGGGUUGGGUUAUCUUGAGUGAUAAAAAACUAGGUCCUGGAUAUAAGGAGAAAGAGGUGGUUUUCCGGUGUUUUUUUCUUCUUCAGAAUUAUUCUCCAUACAGGGAGUACGUGUUAUUUGGGAUCUUCAUUUCCGGGAUUCUUCACCUCGCUGGAACGAAGCGAGUGACGGCCUAAGGCUAAGGGUAGGUAGGCUGGGAAUCGGUGUGCUUGCGAUGAUCAAAAUAUAGAGUUUUUGGGUUUUGUUGUUGGUAGUUGUUGUUUAUAGGGAUGGAUGUUAUGUUGUUGGACCUAGAUGCAAAUACUUUAAUUUCAAACAUUGUUAAUUGCCC